AUGAAACUCUUUCAACAAACCAACCACUCUGACAACUUGAAACGAAUAUUCGCAGAAUACUUUGUGUCGAAACUAUUUAGCGACGUGACUAUUUGUUGUGGCGGAAAAACUUUCCAGGCCCACAAACUCCGUUUGUGUAUGGCUUCACGUUAUUUUAAAAAUAUUUUCCAACAUGAUUCUGCAGACCAUUCAAUUGUUUAUUUGCAAGAUGUCACUCCUAAAGAGCUCGCAUUGGUAUUGGAGUACUGUUAUAAAGGUGAAGUUUCCCUAUCGAAAAAUAAUUUGCAAGGUUUUUUGGAAGCUGCAGCAACAUUGCAAAUUGAAAGUUUGUUUAGUGAAGAGGCAACAGAUGUUUCUAUUAUAUCAGAUACUAGUGAAGAGGUUAUUAUCAAUGAAAUUUCAACGAAUAAUAAUUCAGCUGAUGCUACUUUUAUAGAAAAUCCAAAUGGACAAAGCAAAAAUAUCAAUCCUUCAUCUAGUCAUUUUUUGGUCAACCCAACACAACCCAGUAAUAUUCUUGAAAGUCCUCCUUCAUCCAUUAGAAAUUCACAAAAUGAGCCUGCAGAUGAAAGUCCUCCAAGUACACCAGAAAGUUUUGUUUUCAAUUUGAGAACUAGUUUGCCAUUAGAUCCCAAAUCUCAACAAAGCGUUGUUAUUCUAUCACCAUCUCAAGAGGUUUUGGAAAUAUCAUCUGAAGAAAUUGCUGGUGAAAUUAAAGAAAUUAACCAAGCUUCUGAAGAUAUCACACAAAUUGAAGAAGACUUAACAAACCAUGAUAUAAAUUCAAGUGAUUCAGAUGAGUCAGAAAUUGUCAUCAAAAAGAGAAGGAUUGAAACAAUUACCAAAGAACCUACUAAUAAACAAUUACAGGUUGUUUUAGAAAGAGUUAAUUUGAACCAAAACAACAAAGACUCUUCUGUGGUAGAAAGUACAAAAUUUUCAGAAAAAUAUUACACCACUAAAGUGAUAGAUUUGAGGGAUGUUCCUGAAAAUAAGAAGCAAUCUUAUUGCCAUUUGUGUCGGAGGUGUGUCAGGCCAUUGUACAUAACCAGGCAUCGAAUGAGGCAUAGGAUGUUGGAUUAG